AUGCAGCCAGGGCCCAGGAACAAGGCCACGUUCCCCAUCCCAUCCAUGACAGAGCACCUUGCAGGGCGAUAUCACUGUCACUACCAAACCCCUGCUGUCUGAUCAGAGCGCAGUGAGCCCCUGGAGCUGGUGGGGACAGGAUUUUACAGCAAACCCAGCCUCUCAGCCCUGCCCAGACCUGUGGUGACCUCAGGAGGGACCGUGACCCUCCAGUGUGGCUCACGGCUGGGGUGUGGGAGGUUCCUUCUGACUCAGGAAGGAGAAGAUGGGCUCUCCUGGACCCUGGACUCACUGUGUUACCCUGGUGGGCAGGUCCAGGCCCUGUUCCAGGUGGACAGCCACAGGUGGAUAUUCAGAUGCAACAGCUAUUUCAGGAGAAAGCUCCGGGUGCGGUCAGCUCCAAGUGGCCCUCGUAGCUCCUGGUGCCAGGUGAGCAGCCCUGUGAUUUCAGUGGGGCCAAGAUGCUACACGGUAGAGAUAAGUGACCUUCAGCCCUCACAUCCCUUCCCACCCCAGGGGGCUCUGAGGAUCAGCCCCUCACCCCAGAGCCAGGACCUCAGAGUGGUGAGGGCUCUGCUGGGAGGGACCCAGGGGCAGGCGCUGAGCCGUGGGGCCAGUGCAGCCUCCCCGGAGAUGAUGACAUGGGCCAGCCCCUCCUGUGUGGGCCUCAGCUUCUCCAGGCGUAAGGGAGAGGCCUGGCCCUGACCUUCGAGUUCCUCCCAGUGCUGCCCUUGCUGUGACCCCUGGAGGGGAGGCCUCCCUGCUGCUCAUCCUGUCCCCUCUGUGCAGUGACGGUGACAUUGUGCAGGGAAGGGCACAGGGCCACAGCAGGCAUUCAGGGUCCUUUGCUCCAGCUCAGGGAGGAAACAAAGUUAGAGGUCAGAUGCCCUGGUCCCUUCCCCGGGUCUGCCUCCUCCGUUGGGUGACCUGCGGCAUGUGAUUCACCUUGUGCGCACAGCAUCCACCCAGAGCUGUGGCCUCAGAGAGGGGCCUGCACUGUCCCCUGUGAGCUGAAUGGUCACCUGGGUCCCUGCACUCAGGACAGUUCUGAAACCAGAAGACGUGAUGGAGGGAGGAUGGACAAGUGCAGUACGGCCCUAAGAAGGUCAGACUAGAUGGGCUCCCGUCCCAGCACGCCCACCGGGGCCAUCUCACAUGGGGUGAGAGGGGUGGAGGGAUGGAAGGAGACAUGGGUGAGCCUCAGAGGAGCACGGUGACAGCUAGGGCUGAGGGCAUGGGACCCUGCCUUCUCCUCCACACAUCCUCACUGAGGAAUCACCUCCUGCACGUGCUCUGGCCUCACCGCAGGUCCUGACUCCACAGGUGUUGGAGGUGCCUUCAGCCUGACCUGAGGGAAGUUUCUAGACUCAUGAGAGUCCUGUUUCCAGGGUUCAUGGAGGGUCUGUCUCCAGAGCAGGAUGGGUGGCCAUGCAGGGAGGAUGGCGGCUUCUUGGGUCUCGGAGGAUGGGGCAGGUGUUACUCUGAGGUGUGUGAGGCUCAGUCCAACAGGAGGGAUGCAAGCAGAGGUUCAGUGGAGGCUGUCCCUCCCUCCCUGGGCAGGACCCCAGGAGCCCAGCUGGCACCAGAACCUGGCAUGAGGAGAAGGGAGGCAGGGGCUGAGUCCAGGAGCAGCUGUGGGGCCUGGGAGCUGGGCUGAGUCUGUGCCGGCCCAGCCUCUCCCGGGGAGGGUGAGCUUCUGAGACGCCUCCUCCUCCCUCUGGGGUUUCCGCACCUCAGCAAGCGGGAAAUACCUGCUGGUGACCUCUGUGGACCCGCAACUGACCCUCUUGGCUGCUGCAGUGGGCAUCCUCGGCCUGCUCUGGUCUCCGCUCCUCCCUGGCCAGUCCUGCUUCUCCCAAAAUUGACUUGUUAGUGUUGUACCAAUCGAGGUGGUAAAUCACCAAACACUGGGACAAACGACAAAGUUAAAACUGAAAGGAGUUUAUUCACAUGCAUGGACUCCACUCCCUAAGCGAAGUGAGGCCCCGAGUCCUGGAACAGCACAGUUUAUAUAGGGUGUCAUAGUAGCAUAGCUUUUAUAGGUGUUAUUUUAGGAAGAGAAGUUCAAGGGGAGGUUAACAUGUUUUUGACUAGUUGCAAAAGUAUUUUCCCAACUCAGCUAUCUCGCUGUGUCAGGUUAGGGCAAUGUACAGUAAAGGGAGGCACCAGGCACUAUCUCUUUCCGAGAAGCGAUGAAGCAAGUUUACAGAAGCAGAACAAGCAGUUAGGAAUACAUCUACUUUAUAAGGGAAGGGCAUGAGGAGAGUUCAGCUACAGGCCAAGAUGGCGGGUCUCACAGUUAGGGUGGAAAAGCCAAGGGGUAGGGGCCUGUGACUUAGCUAUCGGGAUAGGGGUCUCAGCACAGGAGAGGAAGUCGCAGUGCUGUGGACACAGACAGUUUGUGGAGCUCCACUGGCUCAGCGUCACCUUGCAUGGAUCCCAGAAGAUUGCUCAGCUCUUCCAUUGGGAGCUCCGCCUCACAGAGUCCCGAAUGGCCUUGGCCCCGCUUUCCUGAAGGAUCUGAGUGUGGUCCCGGAUGGGACAGGAGAGGACGAGGUGUCCAGGCCUAACUCGGAGACAGGGGAGAUUCAGGGCUGUCGGGGAGAGAGGUGACUGGGCCAACAGGGACAGGAUGCAAGGACAGUCCUUCCAGCCUUCACACUGUCCCAGGCCAACAUUGUCCAACUGCCUGGAAAGGGGCCAGUGAGGCCAACAGAAAGACAACAGAGACUUGCAUAAUUUCAGGGCAUGUGGGGCCGGGAGGGCAGGGCCUCAGGGGAAAAGACCGAGACUCCCACUAUUUACGGGGUGCACACAAUGACUGGAGGGCGUAUCAGGUGACUUGGGGCGCCGUGAUCUCACGUGUGAUCCUGUGCUGCUGCAGACCUCAUGCUGAUGAGGGCGGAAAGGACAGCGUUCCCACCUCAGUAGGUGGUGAGCUGGGCUGAUAAGGAGCUCACCCUUCCCCAGGUGAGAACUUUCUCUUCUUCGUCACCACUGGGUUCUCAGGGAACCAGGGAGUCUUCAGCUGGUGUCACUGUACCCUUGAGCACCACAGCCUCACAGACCACUGAGGCCUCAGCUGUGACCAGAGGCAAAGCAGAGUCAUGUUUCUACCCGCCAGAGCUGGCUCUUGGGCCAGGCAACCUUGGACCUUAGGCAGCUAUAGUUGUACUUUAAUUAUGAGACGAUUUUCCAAACUUUACCUAGAAAUGCUCCAGACCGCAUACCUCGUGUCUUCCUUAUUUUCUGUUCUUAUCCUGAGGCCUCGCCUGUGCCAGGCAAGUGCCCUAGCUCCGCGCCCCUUACCACAUCGGUGGUGCUGCCUCCUCUCAGGCCCGGGUGGGGCUGCCUGUGGGUGAGGCUGAGCCCGAACCGAGUGGGGAAGCAGCCAGCUCCAGAGUCUGUCUGUGCUCAGAGCCUGAGGCGCUGCAGGGACUGCGCUCACUCGUCAUUGUCACCCAGAGCCUGUCACUCAGGUGGCGCGUGUGCAACGGCCUGUGACUCUAUUGUGCAUGUUUUGCUUACACGCGUGCCUUGUUGCUGUUUUUCUGAAAUGUAAAUUAAUACUCUCCUGUGGAUAUCUAAAGAUAGAUGCAUUAUGGUGUGAAAGAAAGUAAUUCUAUUUGCAGGAAGUUGGAUUCUGUAUUAGUUAAAAGGAGUAACUUCUUAAUAUUAAGUCUUAACAAAAAUGCUUAAAAUUCAGAUUUACUACUGGAGGUUAGAAAUACUCUGAAGUAUUGGUUACAAAAAUUCUGUUUAUCCAUAGGUAAUUUUGAAUUUUUUCAACUAUUUUAAUAACUUCUAAGUAAGGGUUCCGUCUGCUGUGUAUUUUCUCAAUAACACAGAUACAUAAGGAAGUCAUUCGUUUGCAUGUAUUAAUGUCAUCUCGUAUGGAUUUGGGACAAUAAUAUUCCCACCACACACAACACACGUGCAUGUCCAUGCGAAUGCGUGUGCAGCGUCCUGGGUGCUCCUGUCCGUGCGAUGCUCAGUUCACAGAGGCUACAGUGAGGUGGGCAGCAGAGGCCCAGCUGGUGGUCAGGAGCCUGGGCCUGAGGACCAGCCCCUCCCCUGGACCCAGUCCUCAGAGGGGGACUCAGGGAGUUCCAUAUCCAGGGCCCUGCGCUCACGUUGUCCCGUGUACCAGACAGCAGCACUCAUGACAGCGCAAUGAUUUGGAACCCGAGACCUUUCUCCCUUUCCUGAGCUCUUGAGGCUGGGCUAACCUGUCCCAGAGUGAUCCUCAAAGCCAUUCUGAGUCACAGAGCAGAGAGGCUGACAGUCCCGAGGGGACCAGCUGGGGCCGGGCAGGACCCACGCGCAGGGUUUCCUUGGAUGAGAGCACAGAUGUGGAGCUCAGGUGUGGCUCAGGUCCCUGCUACCCCUCACACGGCCUCCCACCCUCCUGGUUCUCAGGGCGGCUGAGCCCAGCGCAGCACCAGUCCUGGCCCAACAGGUGAAGAGGAGGACGGUCCCUUAUGGGGAGGGCACAGGGCAUGCGUCCUGCCAGGGCCACAGGAUGACUCGCUGCAUGGGUGUCCUGGGCUGUCCUCACUCUGCGCCCUCUGCAUCCCCACCCAGCCUCUCACCCCAGGAUGGCACAGUGGGGAAUCUCAUCCGGGUGGGCCUGGCCAGCCUGGUCUUGGGGCCCUCGGGACUCUGCUAUGCCAGGCUGGGCACAGCCAGAGAAGGAGCCGAGAUGCAGCCAGUUGGUGAACACCAGAGAGCACUCACUGCGCAUCCUCUGAACACACAGACAGAUAAAUCUGCCGAGCCCAGCACGCUCUGGAAGGAGAGCUGCUGCAUAGCUGAGGGCCUGGUGCUGAAAAUGUGCAGGGAGUCCAACGUGGUCGCCAGAGCAGGGCCCGUCUGGGUGCUGGGUGGACGCCCUCUCCCGCUGAGCCCUGUGCUCCCCUCACCCUGCCCUGGGCUCCGCUGCCACCCCUCAGGUCCUCUCUGGGCCCUGACCGGGGCUGUGCCCCAGGGCCAGGCCCGUCCUCACCUCUGUGCGUCUCGUGCCCUGCUGCACUUGUUCCCGAGCCCAGGGGCACUGGGUGGAUGCCUGGGGCUGCCUCCCCUUCACCGCCAGCCGGGUGCCCUGGGUGCUGUCUGCUCAAGGGCCACGUUCCUGAUGCUCAGGAGAGAGACUCCAGCUUUAGCAGAGAAUCUAGAACUCGGCUCAAGUAACAGAGCAAAUAGACAAAAACCAGAUUCCAGCCUGAAAAAGUGAAGGGCCAAAUGCUGCAAUUACGCUCUCUCUGGACCCUGGAAACCGAGUCCUGUCUAUCGAGUGCUCUUACGGUUUCUGCUGAAAUAUAACAACUUGGAAAUGAGCACAUUUUUGUUUGCAGCGACAGGCUGGGCGGGCACUGCCGCCCGGCUCUGAAGAAAGUCACUUGGAAAGGAAGCUCUGCUCUGCUCUCCGCGUCCCAGCUGCGGGUUCUCGGGAGCAGACCCACACGCAGUGCAGCGCCCUCGGGCAGAGUGGAACGAGGUCCACCUCCUGCUGUCAGAGCGCGCUGGUCACUGCUGGGUUGCACACAGGCGCUGCCCUGCAGGUCCGUCUUCCCCCGACUCUGCUGUAAUCCCUGACUGCAUCCAGAAAGCUUUCCUUUCCCUUUUUUGGAGGGGUCCAAUCUUUCCGAUUUGCCACAUAGAUGCGGUGGAUUGAUUAACGGUCAACUUGCAAGGCUCAGCUGAAUGGAGUCAGCGUGGUUUGGGCAUGGAAGACCCGCCUGAGGAUUGUUUCCAGCCUGGAGCUGGAGCCUGGACAGACCAGGAGAUUCCCACCCAGGGUCCCUGCCACAGUGACCGGUCCUGGGAGACCGUGUGGCAGCUGCUUCCAGGGACCCCUGGCUGUUUCCAGGGACCCAGCGACAGACCCUGGCUGUCUCCAGAGGCCCGGACAGGGCCGCUCAGCUGAUUCCCUCACCUGUGCUGCAGUCGCAGCCCCGCGCGUCUCAGGGAACCGCUCUCCCACAGACUCCUGCAGACCUGCCCAGCGGACCCUAAAGGGCCCCAGGUCCACGCUGGCCCUGGCGCGGCGCAGGCUCGGGCUCGGGGGUCACCUCACUCGGGCUCGGGGGUCCCCGCGACCGCUCGGUGUGCGCAUGCGCCCUGGCGACUCACACCGGACCGGGCGCCUCCACACCCCCUGCUCCGCCGCCCUGAACUCGCUGGUCUUCGAGGCUGGGGUCGGGCGGGCCGCUGUGGCUGUGGGGCGGGGUGGAGGCGGCGUCCUCUGCGGGACAGGGGCUGGGGGAAGGCGGAGCUGCCCCUGCUCACACCUGCACACUCGCACAGGGGCACACGCAGUCCACGCGCGAGUCCCCCUCGGAGACGGCAGCGUCUCCUCUCUCCGGUGAUUCCCCUUCUGACCACUAGGGGGCGCGCGUGCCGUCUUCACUGCGCACUUCCCCCCAAAAGCAAACAGAAGAGGAAAAGAGGAGCCUGGGUGCGUGCGACUCUCAAAGGAGGCCUUUCAGGAGAGUCAGAGGGCUGCAGCUUCUGCAGGGCGGGCUGGGAGUAGGGCACAGGCACAGACACGGGGCAGCACGCACACUGCACCCAUAGAGAGUGUGCGCCCGCACGCAUGCUCAUUAAAGUAAAAACACUGAAAUAGGGACGAGUGUUUUACUCUUGAGCGUGAAAAGCGCACUUAGAAACCCAGCAGCCCCUACCCUGUGCUUGCGCAGGCGCGGGCCUCCCUCCCCGGAGCCCCGCCCCUCUCUGGCGACAGAGGCCGAGGCAGGCGGGUCCCAAGGUCAGAUCCAGUGGGCUGGAGCCUCUGUCCUCUCGGAGCUGGAGCUGGCGCUGCUCGCCCCAAAUAAAAGGCGCCGCGCUCUGACAUCCGCGUCCUCAGUUUAACCGCUCGGGGUCCGCUCCCCGCUCCCCACUCCCCGCCCUGUCCUUCCGCUCCGCCCUCUGUGCGUCUCCCUGUCGCGCGGCCACCUGCUGUCCGUCUCUUCACCGGUCAUCUCCCCGGCCCCGUGUGUCCCCUGCCGCAGGGAGAGAGGAGGCGAUGCCGCGGGCAGCACAGGCAUCGCUGCUUCCCCAGCGCCGCCCACGCGGGACACGGGCACGCGGGACACAGGACUCUUGGUGCGCCCCCCUCCCCGGAGCCCACGCCCAGGGUCACUUCAGUGACCCGGACACGGGGUGACGGUCAGGAUCGCCACCACAGGACCACACCGUGGCGGGGAAGCAGCGGGCUCAGUUCUGCACCUGCUCAGGCCUGCGGGGUUCGCAUCAGGCAGCGUGGGGUCCCUGGGGACAGAGAGGACAGCAGGGGGAGGGGCGCCCGCGGCACCACCCCCAGGGCCCCGCUAGAGGAGCCCAGGCCCGCAGACCUCACCUGGGCGAUGGAUGAGGAGCCCACUGCACCUCCGCGGACCCGCGUGGAGGUUGACGCUGAGCCCGCGGGGAUCUUGGAAACCAGGCGCGCGAUGCCCUGGAGCCAGGUGAAGCCGGAGAGUGGGGGAGCCGAGUGGGGGGUCCUGAGGGGUUCCUCAGCCUCAGGCAGCCCUGGUUCUCAGGGGUUGAGCUCAGGGCGCCGGGCUGUCCUCGCAGAGACGCGGCCCUGGGCCUGCUCACCUCCUGGGCUCGAUCGGUCCGUGGACACGGCGGGUCUGAGCCCUGCAGAGGCCAAGCCCAGCUGGUCUCCCAGGACUCCGCAGCCCACCCUGGGGGCCCUGCUCUCCUCCUCGGACCCCCUCUUGGGGACCAGCCACGAUAUGCACGGAUUGGUGGGGGCCAGAUGACAGCACCCCCAAGUUCCAAGGUCGGCGUUAACCUCUCAGGAGCAGAGAAGUAGGCGCGACCUAGACUUGCAGCUGUGCGGGAGAGCCCUGAUCACAGCACUCCCGGGCCAGGAUAGCUCCUACUGGGGACAAUGAAAAAUGCAGGCAGGGGGCUGGGGAAGGAAGGACCUUAACUUUUCCCUUUGAGAAGCUACCUUGGUCCCCAUCUGCCCAUUGUAAUCUUCCUGCAGUCCCUGUUCCUAGAAUAGUGCACUACCCCCUCCCCCGUGCUUCGUGCUGAUUAAUGAAAGCUUGGCCACCAUGGUAGGAAGCCUGUCCACCAGAGACAAUUCCU